AUGGGCCGAGGGGCGCGCGCGCUGCUGCUGCUGCUGCUCGGCCUGCUGCCCUGGGCCGGGGGCGGCCAGGCCAGGAAGACCUGGAGGCGCCGGGGCCCGCCGCCGCCCCCGCCGCCGCCCGAGCCGGCGCCCGCCCCCGAGCCGCCGGUGGAGAGCUUCCCGCUGGACUUCACGGCCGUGGAGGGCAACAUGGACAGCUUCAUGGCGCAGGUCAAGAACCUGGCGCAGUCGCUCUACCCGUGCUCCACGCAGCGGCAGCGCCAGGACCUGCGCCUGCACCUCCUGCUCAACUCGUCGGUGACCUGCAACGACGGCAGCCCCGCCGGCUACUACCUGCGGGAGUCCAAGGGCAGCCGGCGCUGGCUGGUGUUCCUGGAAGGCGGCUGGUACUGCUUCAACCGUGAGAAUUGCGCCUCGCGCUUUGACUCUAUGCGGCGCCUCAUGAGCUCCAAGGACUGGCCGCACUCCCGAAUAGGUACCGGCAUCCUGUCCUCGCAGCCCGAGGAGAACCCGCACUGGUGGAAUGCCAACAUGGUCUUCAUCCCCUACUGCUCCAGCGAUGUGUGGAGCGGCUCAUCCUCCAGGUCUGCGAAGAGCGAGUUCGCGUUCAUGGGCGCCCUGAUCGUCCAGGAGGUGGUGCGGGAGCUCCUGGACCUGGGGCUGAGCGGGGCCAAGGUGCUGCUGCUGGCGGGGAGCAGCGCGGGGGGCACCGGGGUGCUCCUGAACGUGGACCGCGUGGCCGACCAGCUGGCGCAGCUGGGCUACCCGGGCAUCCAGGUGCGGGGCCUGGCCGACUCGGGCUGGUUCCUGGACAACCAGCAGUACCGCCGCACGGAUUGCGUGGACACCAUCACCUGCGCGCCCACCGAAGCCAUCCGCCUGGGCAUCAGGUACUGGAACGGGCAGGUUCCGGAGCGCUGCAGGCGCCAGUUCAAGGAGGGCGAGGAGUGGAACUGCUUCUUCGGCUACAAAGUUUACCCGACGCUGCGCUGCCCCGUGUUCGUGGUGCAGUGGCUGUUUGAUGAGGCCCAGCUGACCGUGGACAACGUGCACAUCCCUGGCCAGUCACUGCAGGAAGACCAGUGGCUGUACAUGCAGAACGUGGGCCACGAGCUCAGACACACGUUCAAGGAUGUGUCGGCCGGCUUUGCCCCUGCCUGCCUCUCCCACGAGAUCAUCCUCCGAAGCUACUGGAUGGACGUGCAGGUGAAAGGAACCUCAUUGCCGCGAGCGCUGCAUUGCUGGGACCGGAGCUUUCACGAGGCCUACAGGGACAGCCAGGCGGCUCUGAAGGGCUGCCCCAUGCACCUGGUGGACAGCUGCCCCUGGCCGCAUUGCAAUCCCUCCUGCCCCACCGUCCGCGACCAGCUCACGGGCCAGGAGAUGAACGUGGCGCAGUUUCUCAUGCACCUGGGCGUGGACCUGCAGACCCUGGCGCAGCAGCAGGGCCUGGAGCCCAGCAAGCUGUUGGGGAUGUUGAGUAGUGGCCGCUAGGCGGUGCCCGGGAUCGCCGGUCCAGCCCCUCGGCACGCUGGGGGCACCGGGAUGCGGGAUGUAGGAUGCGCUCCUGUGCGCCCUCACCUCGCUCCCUUGGCCACUACCUGCAGGAUCAUACCCCGCACCCCUCCUGCCUUGGAGGAGCCCUGGAUCCGCUGGCCAGCCCCGGCCCUUUUGUAUUAUUUUAUAAAGUAACUAUUUUAUUAUUAUUUUAGUGGGGGGGUGAGAGGGCGGGCACAGCGGGCGAUGCUCAGGGGUUACUCCUGGCGGUGCUCAGGGGACCAUACGGGAUGCCAGGGAUCCAAACUGGGGUCGGCCGCCUGCAAGGCAAGCGCCCUCCCCACUGUGCUCGCUCUCUCUCCAGCUCCUUUAUUACUUUAAUUUAAAAAAAGCAAGAAAUAUAUGAUGAAUGGUCAAGUUUUGUAACACAUAUUUUUU